AUGAUUACAAAUCAACCUCAUUCAUCCAUUUUCAAUAUUGUGAUACUGCUCCUGUGGCUGAUGACCGGCAGUGAAUGUGGUCAUCACCCUCAAAGUCACCAGCACAGCCACAAUCACUACCACGAGCACCGGCAUCACCAUCAUCAGUUGCAAUCGGGUGUUGAUGAUCGUGGCAAUUUUACAGCUGCUCACCGUCACAAGAGGCCACUGUUCAAUGAAAAGACAGAUCGCGAACGCAUCCAGGAGGCAGUUCGUGCUCUAAGGCAGCCCGUGCAUAGAUUGCACAUCAAAACCUCCACUCCACGUGCCAGUAUUAUUUCCCCAACAGAAGCCACCCAUCAUCACAGACUGAGGCACCAUUAUGAUCAUCAUAGGUGGCGACAGGAGACCACCAGAUCACCCACGUCGUCUCAUGCCAGACAUCAGGUGCCGUGGUGGGGCGUAGACUCCCCGUCCAGCGACGCCAGGAAGCAUCAACGCUGGCCACAGCACAGCAAAGGCUACAGCAGCCACAGUCGAAAUCACGAUCGGAGCCACUCGAGGCAUCACGAUCGUAUGGAUCGGGAAGAGAUUCACUACCACACAACCUCCAUCCGGCCGGUGAGGGCUUCUCCGCGGGGAAGUCCCGGAGAGGCGAUUACCACUGGCAGACACAGAGCGGCGAGUCUGCUGCUAAAGUCAAAUGAACGGUCAUCGCGAAUGGGUCAUGGGGUCAGUGAUAAGAGGACCUAUGACGAUGACGAAUACCACGAUGAUGAGGAGCAAGUGGAGAGCCUGAGAAAUUCCACAACAUUCUACACUUCACAGAGGCGAAGAUCCUAUAAUGUGGAUGAUAUUACAGCACCGGGAUAUCGACCGGGCGAUCUCACCAAUCACAAAUUCAGGACUCUGGGUACACAAGAAGGUGUUCAACAUUCUCGCAACGAAUACAUGGUGGAUUUGAGAAGAAUUCAAGCUCAAGAGCGUCAAAAGGCCAUGGAGCACACUUCGCGGAUCCUGUAUGAGGCUGAAUGCAAGUGGCCGCGCCCCAAAGUCAUCCCCGUGCCCAACAAUGAUACUGCCAAAGCUUAUGCGCCCCACUGUACCAUCCUCCAUCGCUGUGGCGACGACACUGGCUGCUGCGGAACUGAGGGUCUGGUGUGCACUGCUCGGAACACCACAACUGUCGAUCUCUACUUCCAUGUUACCAAAUUGGGCCGCCCCAGUCGAACGGAGCGUCUGACAUUCGUCAAUCACACUCGGUGUCACUGUGUGAGCAGACAAGAGUACUUCCGAUCACUGGACCAGCCUGUUCUUGCACCAGCGCCCAUCCAGACCUGCCAGUGUCCGAGAUUCUUUGACAAAACCAUCCUCGACGAUAGCUCGUGCCGAUGCGAUUGUCAGCCACAAAAUGAUGACUGCAAGUCACUGAAGGAAGGCGAGGAAGGAUUCUCACUUGAGGAUCGAAGAUGCAUUCAAGAAGGACGAUGUAAGCUUCCUAUUUGUGAAUUUGGGAAUUAUGUCCGGAGGACAGGAAGGUGUCCGAGGCGUGAGGAUAAGAUUCAGUGGGGAUCAUCGACGAGUCUGUAGAGGAGAAAAAGUCUCCUUUGGUGCAUUUUUGCGACUUACUGAUUGACUUAAGAACUUUUUCAAGGGGGGAAAUAUUUAAUGGGACGUGCGCAAAAAAAAAUAUAAAGAACGCUGAAGGAAGAGACAGCAUGUCGGAUUUGAUUUUGUCCCACAGAGAGGAAAAGUCUUUUGAAUCUGCUAAUUUCUAGUCAUGUGGCACGUCAGAGAGAGGGAUAAUUGAAUGAGAAGGAUUUUUUUUUUUAAUAGAAAAAAAAAGAUGAAGGGAUUGACGAGAAAAUUCCCUGCAAUAAAUUUAUCAACUCUCGCGGAAGUAUAAAGAGGAUCAUCAACAUUGAUGUGACAUUUAACGAUCACACUCAACAUAACGUCAAUCUGCACAAACAUUCUUUUCAAUCGAAUUGUAAAAAAAAUCUAUAUUUAUAUAGAAGGAAAGAAAUAAAUGUACGAUACUUUUAUAUAUUAUACAAGAAAAAAAUAUAACUAAAAG